AUCGUCAAGAGGAGGCAGGCCGUUGUCGAGGGCGCGGGGGGGUACCGCCAUCUCCCGAUUGCCGAGUACGAGCAGGAGUUCAAGAAGUUCGAGACCAACGGCAUGGCGGCUCAUGGCCACAAGGAGUGGACUUACAAUGGCGUGCCUGGGUACUACGUCCCCAACAGGACAACAACUUUCAAGUUCGUGACGAUCGACGAGUCCGUCGUCACGACGCAGGCUGGGUCGACGGAGGGUUGCGAGAUCACGAAGGCCCAGCUCGAUCGAAUUUCCUCGGCCUUCUUCACCGAUCUCAUGAGCUUCGUCAACGGCCGCGGCAACUCCGCGGAGCCUGCGAUGCUGCGCGUGAACUUGGGCUCGCAGGGCGACGUGGCGCUGCCCGCGCCGCCGGCCAGCAGCGACUCCGCGCUGCCGGCGGGGGCUUCGCCCGCCGCGAGCCCCCCGCCAAAGGGCCCCCCGCCGGCGGCCGAGCCCGAGCCUGGGUCUGGCAACAAGCGUGGAGCACCCGCCGACGCUGUCGACGGCGCGGCCGAGGAUCUAGAGACGAAGCCGAAGCCCGCCAGGAAGAGCGGCGGGAAGGCCGCUGCCGCAGGACAGGCGUCCACCAGCGCGGGAGCCAAGAAGAAGGCGGGCAAACCUCCGAAGAAGUGGGGCCCCGUCAUCGAGGCCGUGCGCACUAGCUUCGCGAACUCGAGCUCGAACGACCCGAACUUCUGGGGCUCCGAGGCGAAGACCCAGAUCAAGCAGAUGAACGCCUACUCGAAGGACAUCCUCUCGAGGUGCCGCAAAACGACUGACGCUGAGGAGGUUACCACCUUGGAACGAUUGAUGAAAGAGCUCGUCGUUAUGAUUGCUUUCGUUACCGUCGUGAAGGACCACGGGGUAGACUCGGAGCAGUUCAAAGAGGUGCACGACUUGCAGGUUGAGGGCCUUCCGAUGGGCCAGCGGGAUGUGAAUGCCAUCGCGGCCGAGGUGACAUCGAUGGGCUUGGCACCCGUGGUGACGCUGACGCUUCCGACCCACAUCAAGUGGGCGCGGCACAAGAUGGACAUCAGGGACACAGAUGACACCGGCAGGUGGUUCUCCAGGAUCAGCACCCGGGACCUCGCCCAGGUCGGUUUCGGCGGCAGCGCGCUUCAGACCGAGCAGGACAAGCUUGUCUCAGUUCGGCUGGCGGCGGCUUUGAAGCUCAAAUCAAAGAAAGAGAGGCUCGACGCCCUGGGCGACCUCUUCGACAUGGACCGCGAACUGGACCUCGUCGACAACGUCAAGGACUUCUGCGAGGCCCUUACCGUGUUGAUCGCCGCGCCGAGCUUCACGGACGCUUCGGUCUGCGUGGAGGCGUUGUCUGGGGCCUUCGAGGCCAUCGGCAGCCCUGCGAUAUCCAGCCUCGUCUCGUGCGGUGUCCUCACGGGCUUUCCGCAUGGGAAGGAGUGGAUGAAGGAGAUGAAGCUCUACAUGGCUCAGGUGCAGAACUCCAAGGCGGACGUCGAGUCCAUGGCCGCUCUGGGCGAGGCGAUCGCUGCGACGAUUAGAGGCGCUCCGUCCGACGGCGCGGAGCCGGCGGAGUUGAGCGCGAUCGCCGCGCAGGUGGGUUCCUACAUCUCGAAGCGCGCCGCCGUCGUCGACAGGUGCCCCGAGCUAUUCUUGGCCGAGUUGCCCACGACUGAGAGCAUGGGAGCGGAGCGCCUCGGCUGCUGGACGGCGUCCCAGCGCACCGCCUCCGUGGCGCUGACAGAGGCCAGCAAGGUUGCCUUCCCUGGCUCGACGGCCUCGCCUUUCGUGGAGGCUGCGAAGAAGUGCGAGCGCAUCGGCACCUGGCUGACCAGCGUCAACUCUUUCCUGUCGCAGGAGGCGUCAAGCGCCCAGGUCAGCGCCGUCCGGGACAUGCAGCUGGGCUACAACAGGGACGUGGCCCAACCGUUUCCGCUGGAGGUUCAGGAGAGCGAUUCAUUCUUCAGCGAGUGCUUGAGCUCCUUUGUCAAGUCCCCACUGCUCAGGGCUGGCGGCGCCUACAACGCAAAGAUCAUGGGAGUGCUCACGGAGGCAGGCAACGCCAAGCUCGCGCCCAUCCUGUCGGCCAUCUCGCAUUUGUUGAAGUGCUCGACGGAUUCCGCGCACCCUGUGCGCAGCUUCGACCCUGCCUGCAUUGUGAAGGAGGACUUCGCCGCGAUGAAAGCGGCGAUCCCAUCGCCGGACACUUGGGCGGCCGCCACUGCUUGGGCGUCGGGCUUGGGCGACCAGUUGCUGGGGAAUCAAUUGAACGUCAUCCGCAACAUCUUUGCGGUCACUGUCAGCCUGGUCGACGUUUUCGCGAUCGCCGAAGAGAAGUCUGCGCCGUGUAAGGUGCAUGUUGAUUGCGUGCUGCACCUCCGCACGGUCGCGCGCGGCCUGGCUACCGUUUCUGGGUGUUGGUCUCAACCUUCGCCUAACGACGAGAGUCCAUACCACGUCAACGUGCUGCGGGGCCUGAUCGAUUACGCGAGCUUCUCUAGCGCGCUGGCGUACCAGGUGAAGGUCGUCCAGUUGACCAUCAGCAGCACUUGGACGUCGAUGAUCAAGGGUGACGUCGACCGCAUCGCCGCCGGCUGCCCUGUCUGGAGGCCUUUCAAGGCGGAGAUGUGCUCGAAUGCCGCCGUGGUGAAGUCGCUCAUCGAUAACAAG